CCCCAAUUUUACUUUCCCUCCAUUAAAAAAAAAAACUUUCGCUCCCCAAAACCCUUCUUCUUCACGUUCGUUCUUCGUUGUCUGGUUCCGUUUUUCAGCGUCUGGUUCCUUGCUUCAGUGGCUAGGCUGAAAUUCAUCAUCUCCUCUCAAUGACAAUGGUUGUGUUUCGAAAUUGAAUUCCUCCAUAGUUUCAGCAAAGAACUCCAUCAAAGCCAGCAACUUGGGUGCCAAUAACUGAACAAAAGUAGCAAUGGAUAAGUCAUGGAUUUUGUUGCCACGAAAUUCACCUGCAUAUCAGGAAGGGGUUAAGGGAUUUUUAGACUUUUCCUUUGAGCGUAGUUCUGUUGAUGGUGCAAUAUUAUGCCCUUGUGGUCUAUGCAAUUUUAGAAAGUGGCUGACUAGGGAUUUGUUAUGAUGAGAAACUAUCUUGGGAAACAAAUCUCCAGGAACGCCCUGAAGGUGUUCCGUUGGAUCAAUGGGUCUCUUACCUACAGUAUAAAUUGUCUGAGAAAGGGAAGUCUUAUUCUGAGAAGAACACUGCUAACCGACGCAAGCAGAAGAUCCCUCAUACACUCGGGUCUAAAUCUAUUGCAAGGAAACAAUAUGAGUUGGAAUCUCAAACUGGUAGACCAUAUAGUAGGUUAGAAAUGUACACUAUUGCCCACAAGAAGAAAGAUGGAUCAUAUGUGAACGAAGAGGCUAGACAACAGAUUGAACAACUUGAAAUGGAAGUUGAUAACAAUGCUUCUGAAGAAGAUGCAUUCAGAACUGUAAUUGGGAAAGAGCAUCAUGGAUAUGUACGAGGCAUGGGUUUCGGUGUUUGCCCCUCUAAAGUCUUCAAAGGUUCUGGGAGCACAUCAACCAAUGGUUCUUCUGUACAAGUUAAUAAGCUUCAAUCAGAAUUGGAAACAGAGCGUGCCAGAGUUGAUACUUUGGUACAAGAAGUUGAAAGAUUUAAAGGUUUAGAAGAAAAGCUUGCAUUUGUUAUGCAACAAUUGGCUGGCCAAGGAUUUAAUCAGGUUACUGAUUUAGGCUCUCCAAACGAACCAAGGCGAUCUUCGUCCGCUAGUCAUAAUCCCGGAAACAAAGGAUCGUCUUCUUAGCUUCAUGUAGGAUUGGGGGAAUGAUUUAAGACUGAGCUUUUUCUGGAUUAUUCUACUGAACUUGUCACUUUAGUAGUUGGAUCUAGUGUUUCUUAUGCUGAUGUUAAUGUUGGACCAUUUACAUGUCUGUACUGAAUUUAACACUUUAGUAGUUGGAUUUAUGUUGAAUGCAAAUGAAUGAACUUAUUUUUA